CAACUAUAAAUAGCUUCGCAUUUCCUUGAACUUUCAUCAGUUUUGAGUAUCAUUCAAUAGCAAACGUCAAAACGUAAAAAAACAACUUAACAACAAUGAAGUGCAGUAUUGUUUUGGCUACCAUUGCCUGUGUCCUCAGUGUCACAUCGGCAUCCUUAAACCAUCACAAGGUGGAAAAAGCUCAUUCUGAUGUCAUGUCCUAUGUUGCCGAAAACAUGGGCGCUGUCCCCAUGAUGAGAUCGAAUAGGGACCACUUGGAUUGCUACAAUGGAUUCAUUCCAAUGAUUAACAUGUUGGCACAAAAGGCCAAGGAUGAAUCAAACGCUUGUGUUGCUAAUGCCAUGCAUGAAAAGGACGCUCAAGCAAAUACAAUCGACCGUAGCCAAGUUGAAGCUGAAGUGAAAAAGAUCACCGAUUCAUUGCAUGAUUGUUCAGUUCUUGACGGUUUGGAUUACUUCGUUUGCUUGCAAGAUAAUGCCGAAGCCAACAGGCAAAUCAUGGAAACCAUCAAAAACAUGUCGAAGAAGAUUAUUGAAGACAAUGCUACCGCAGUUACUCGCAUCCACGAUAAUGAGGACAGCUGUAUCAUGAACGCAGUUGAUAAUGCCAAGAACAAGAGUGAUGCUGCUUUCGUUCAGCUUAAGUCUUGCAUUAGAGGCGAGGCAACAUUUGAAGCUCCACAAUAAAUCAACAAAUAAUAUAAUUUAAUAGUUGAUUUCGAAAUCUGUUCUUCUAAAAGAAUUAUCCAGAUUUGUUUUGAAUAAAAAAGCAUACAAAUAAA